CCGUUUCGCCUCGCUCUCGGCUCUCUCUCGCUCUUUUACUCUCUCUUCAUUUAUUUAUCUCUCUAAAAAUUUCACGACGAGACCGAGACGGUGUGAGAGGGGGGCGGGACCGGGUGGGGGUGGAGAUACAGACAGAGACAGAGAGAUAGGGAGCGGAGAUUCCUAUUUAAACCCCUUCCCUUCUUCCCCUCGGCCUGAUCUAGUCGGUUUCGCCGAGGCUCCCCUGCCCUAGAUUUGAUCGAGGAGAGGGGAAGAGGGGGUGGAUUUGAUCGGUUCCUGUUCCUCUUGAGGUCAGUUUCGCGUUCGAUCUCGACCCCUCGGGUUUUCGAUUUGGGCCCACUCCGGCCGCCUGCGAUCCUCCUAUUUUGUUUGGAAAUCUCUAUCAAAAUUCGUUUUUUACUUUCCUUUUUUGGAUUCGGAGUUCUGGCUUGGGAUUCCUAGGUUGUUCGAUUCUUUGCUGAUUCGUGUGAUUCUCUUUGGAUUUCUAAUUCAUUGUUUCGGUUCUUCAUUCCAUCAUCUUUGGAGCUAAAGGGACGAUUUUUAUCUCCUGUAUUGAUUGUCCCGUUGGCUUGGAGCUGUUGUUGAUCGUUCCAUUUGGCGACUGGGCAUUUGUUAUCCACAAUUGGCGACCCGGCUUGGGAUUGAGGGUAAAUUGAAGGCGAUCGGAGGACAACUAGGGAUUUAAGGGCUGGAAUCGGGUGUACGUGGAGGCAGAUGAAGCCGAUAUUGAACAGCAAAUUGGCUGACGAGGAGUCAGAUUACUUCCCUGCGACACCGAGGAAGGGCUGGUCGAUUGGUCUGAUGAAGUUUGUCUCCAUUCUGGUUGUUUUCAUGGCGGGUGCGGUGUUGGGCCUGUCGGUGAGCGCCCAUUUCAACAAGUACUUCACUUCGCAGGCCGAUCUCUUCUUUCCGACGAACAUGUUCGCGGCGAACUGUGACAAGAAUUGCUUGAGCAUCAAGAGUUUCGUGAAACCGACGCAUUUGAUGCAUAGCAUGACCGAUGAUGAGCUCUUCUGGAGGGCGACGAUGGUGCCCAAGAUGGAGGAUUACCCCUUCGAGAGGGUGCCCAAGGUGGCCUUCAUGUUCAUGACACGAGGUCCUCUGCCGUUUGUGCCCCUGUGGGACAAGUUCUUCAAAGGCCAUAAAGGGCUGUACUCGGUUUAUGUACAUGCACUUCCCGACUACAAGCUCAAUGUCUCCGAGGAUUCUGCCUUCUAUGGCCGCCAAAUCCCCAGCGGGGAGGUUUCAUGGGGCUCAGUUUCACUAGUAGAUGCAGAGAAGCGUCUCUUGGCCAAUGCUCUCCUGGAUUUCUCCAAUGAGCGGUUUGUUUUGCUCUCUGAGAGUUGCAUUCCAGUAUACAAUUUCCCCACUGUUUAUGAGUACCUCAUAAACUCGGAGCACAGCUUCGUUGAAUCCUAUGAUGAGGAUUCCCCACAGGGCCGUGGCCGUUACAGCCGGUACAUGGCCCCUCAUAUCAAACUCUAUCAAUGGAGAAAAGGGUCUGAGUGGUUCGAACUCAACCGUGAAUUGGCUGUGACCGUAGUUGCAGACUAUAAGUACUAUACCCUCUUCAGGAAAUACUGUAGGCCCUCUUGCUAUCCUGAUGAGCACUACAUCCCGACUUACCUGAACAUGUUCCAUGGGUCUCUGAAUGCGAACCGGAGCGUGACUUGGGUUGACUGGUCAAGGGGAGGGCCUCACCCGGCAAGAUAUGGUGCUCCAACCAUUACAGCGGAGUUCAUUCAGGCAAUAAGAAAUAAUGGGACCUUCUGUAUGUAUAACUCGAGGCCGACUUCAAUCUGCUUCCUCUUUGCAAGGAAGUUUGCUCCAAAUGCACUGGAAUCCCUACUCAACCUCACUUCAUCAGUAAUGGGUUUCUGACUUCCUUUGUUCGGCACUCUGAUUUAUUGCCUUCGGGAGACGCUUCAUCCACUUCUGACUGAUCAGGGUCGAAUCAUUCUGAUACUACCCCUGUGGCAUCCUUGCUGCCUCUGUAUUUGAAUUAGAGGAUGAGUCUUGGAUCAUUUUUUCUGGUGGAUGGUGUAGCACAGUAGCAGAUUAGGUGGCAGGCAGUCCCGAAGCUGCUUAAUGGAGGAUGAGAAGGUCUCAGACAUGGAACUUCAGUUUCCUAUUCAAUAUCCUCAUUUAUUUUUGGUUUUGUACCCGAGGUCUUCUAAUGCAUUUGUUCAGAUACUAAUCUGUGAGCACGAACUCGAUCAUUCAUUGUCUCAUUAUUUUACAAUGCCGGUGGGUGUCGAUCUCUUCGAUGUUGGUAACAGGUUAAAUAUUUGUUUCAUGCCUUGGAAGAGGUUGGCAGUGCUUGUCAUAUACUACCAACUCUCAGAUAAUGAUUGAAGAGAGAACACAAGGUGGAACAUGAUUUCACAAAACUCGCGAUAGUUUUUUUUAUAUAAUUUAUUAAUUAGGACUUCAA